AUGGCCCACAGCUACGACGAAGAGGAGCCGAGCAUGGAGCGCCACAUCCACUACAACAAGCGAGGGGAGCUGCAGAUGGUGGGGCAGAAGUCGCUCUUCGACCUGGACGAGCCUGUGUGGCACGCGGACGAGAAGAGCCCAGUGUGUGACAAGUGUUCGGCAGCAUUUACCUUCACUCACAGACGGCACCACUGUCGGAGGUGUGGGGAGGUGGUGUGUGCAGACUGCAUGGACAAGGUUCCUCUCGUCAGGAUGCGCUACGUGGACCACGUUGUCGUGUGCAAGGUCUGCAUCCCUCUCUGUAAGACUGAAGACGAGUUCUUCCAGAAUCACCUCAAGACACUCACUACGGGUGCCUACUUCCAUCUGUCAGACUCGGAUGACGCCGCGGCAGAGUAUCUCUGCAAGUUGAGCACGGACCACCGGCAGAUCCUCAUCUCACAGGACCACCUGCCCAUCGCCAUGAGACACAUCCUCGAGGUCAAGACACUCCACGGGGAAGAGGCUAGACUGGCAACUGGGGCAGGAGGAGAGGGGGAGGUGGACGGAGGAAGCAGGAAGAAGAGGUCUGGCUCUAACCCAAAGAAUAUCAGUCUGGAGCUGACCUACAAGUCUGGCGGCCUUGAGCACAAGCUCUGAUAAUACUGCACAACACUCACAAGAGGCACGAUCCGUGACCGGGAGACCACUGCCACCUCCAGCAACAGUCAGUGGGUGACUCUAUAACUGCAACUAUACAAAUAGUACUGCUCUAUUCCCCUGCAUUAUAUGUAUGUCCAGUGUUUUCUCGUCUGCAUUCAUAAACCACUGAAUGGUAAUUGUUCGUGUCACUAAUAGAAACAUGUGUUUUUCUGUACACCAUUACAAUGUAAUUAACACCAAUGUACGACAUUUUCGAAGACUUAUUAAGAAAUUUUGCUAUGAUCUGGACAAAUAAAUAUCGACUAAGCAGAUUCUAAAAAUAGAAGCAGUAUGACAUAAUAGGUCAGUAAUAAAGUCACUCUUGAUUCUCUGGAGAGAAGGUGGAGAAAUAGACUAUACAGAUGCUGUAGUUGGUGGGUGGGUGGAGCUGUAAAAGAUGUGCUAGACAAAGGUGACAUUGGUGGGUGUGAGUCUCUGCGUGGCUCCGCCCCCAAAUUCCCCGCGACCUUCCAGCUGGAUCUGUUUGACCUCUGUACCCCAGGUCAGGUGACUGGCACUCGUCACUGGAUAGAACUUGGUCUGCAGGAAAUAGUAAGAACGGACAACAGUAACCAUUGUUUUUGGCUUUCCCUUUCCUUGGCGCAUCCUUCGUCAAAGAAAAAUAAUACAGAAAUCAGGCCUUGCAGGCUAGCCGCAAUGUGAGCUGAUAAGGAUGAUUUGGGAACCCCUCAUUUUGUACCUUUUGGUGUCCAAUAGACUGUGAUGUUAGGUUGCCUCACAUUACAAGACAACACUUGCUACAAGCAACAAGUUGUAAUGGCCGUAGUACUGUAUAUACCU